GCGCUGUGAGUGUGUGUGGCUGCGCGCGCGAGACACAGCGAGAGAAGAUGGCGGCGGCGGGGGAAGCGGCAUGAGCGGCCUCACUCAUUGAAAGCAGCAGCAGCAGCGCUCCGCCAUGGCCUCCCCGAGCGCUCAGUAUAUCUUUGGGGAGUUCAGCGAUGAUGAAUUCAGGCAGUUUUUUGUGACGACACGCUGCACAGUUGAGCUACCCCCAUUCAAUGAAGCUGUUCUGUGUGGGACUCAGUCUUCAAGUGAUCUGCAAGAUGAUUUAUUACAAGCCAGGAGCAGUCUUUUUUCAUCAUGGCAUAUUGGUGAAGAAUACCAGAGGAUUGAAUUUGGAGUGGACGAAGUGAUUGAUACGGAUGGAUCCCUCCUUAACAAUACCGAUUACAGUAUUUCAAGCACCCUGAACCCUCAGGCUCCAGAAUUCAUUCUUGGCUGCUCACCUAACCAGAAAUCGCCUAAUGACAUUCUUCUUGAAAACAACUACGAUCCCAGCGAUGGUCAGUUGAGUGAGUCUGCCCUUCCGGACGGCAGUGGCAAUGCAGACAGUGAUGGCACAUCAGGCAUUGGACAGCGCGAGCGUAAAAAGAAGAAAAAAAGGCCACCUGGUUACUACAAUUACUUAGAAGGUGUUGAGGAUGGUGGCACUGCUGUAGAGACCCUUGUAAAUGGGCAUGCUGGCUCAGCAGGACUCAACUGUAUAAGCACAGAUGACCCUGAGCUCACGGAAGAUAUACCAAAUUCUUCAGCCUCUCCUAGGACUUGUAACAGCCCGGAUAACUCUGUGGACUUUAACAAUGAAGCUUUGUCUGAUGAUGCUUCAAUACCUAAUGCACUAGACAAUGCCAGGACUGCUGGUCAGCCUGAGGAAUGCAGUGUUACUUCUUUGGAACAAUCUUGUAUCCUCUCUGACGAUGAGAGGGAGACCUCUGUAAGGACAGCUGUUGUCCAGCCUUUUGCUGGUAGUGAUACUACUGAAAACCUUGGAGUUUCCAAUGGACAAACACUUGAAGCCCCAGAGGAAGGCCUGACCUCCAAUGGGGUGGAAUUACACUCUGAGGUCAGUGCCCCCUCUGAGCCAGCCAAGCAGGAGGAUACUUCGGCUCCUCUGGCUGUGACCCAGGUUUCAGGAUCAGCCUCUGUUAACCCACCAGCUAAGUCCUGGGCUAGUCUUUUUCACAAUUCCAAGCCCUCAUCCACCACACGGGUGGCUUAUGUUGAGACUAAAUAUGCCCCUCCUGCCACGUCUCCCCAGGCCCCAGAGAAACAAGUUGAAGUUAAGGAGGGCCCUGUUCCAGUAUCAGAGGAUCCAGUAGCCAUAAAGAUUGCAGAAAUGCUGGAAGGAGUGAAACUUGUUCAUAAACCAGUAUCAUUGCAGCCACGAGGAUUAAUCAACAAGGGAAACUGGUGCUAUAUUAAUGCUACAUUGCAGGCUCUUGUGGCUUGCCCUCCAAUGUAUCAUCUUAUGAAAUCCAUUCCAGUCUACACAAAGGCCAUGAGACCGUGUACAUCCACCCCUAUGAUUGACAGUUUCGUGCGGCUAAUGAAUGAGUUUACAAGCAUGCCGGUACUCCCGAAAACAAAGCAAGCUCCUGGGGAGAAGGUCGUCAGGGAUAUCCGCCCGGGGCCUGCCUUUGAACCCACUUACAUCUACCGCUUAUUGACGGUUUCCAAAUCAAGUCUUUCUGAAAAGGGUCGCCAGGAAGAUGCAGAGGAAUACCUUGGAUUUGUAUUGAACGGACUACACGAGGAAAUGUUGUCACUGAAAAAACUUCUUUCCCCGCAGAAUGACAAAAUCCCAAUCUCUAAUGGGCCUGAUACACCACCUGCCAACGAGGAGAAGGAAGUACCACAGCUUGACGAACAGGGAGAGGGCAGUGAUGAGGAAUGGGAGAAGGUCGGACCUCGCAACAAAUCUUCCGUGACACGGCAGGCCGACUUUGUUCAGACAUUGAUCACUGAUAUCUUUGGAGGACACAUGAGGUCCGUUGUGUAUCAGCAAAGCUCAAAGGAAUCUGCUACCCUGCAGCCAUUUUUCACUCUCCAACUGGAUAUUCAGUCUGAAAAGAUUCGCACGGUCCAAGAAGCAUUGGAAAGCCUGGUGGCGAGAGAAUCUGUCCAGGGUUACACCACCAAAACCAAACAAGAGGUGGAGAUAAGCCGGAGAGUUACUUUGGAAGAACUCCCACCAGUCCUAGUAUUACACCUCAAACGUUUUGUGUUUGAAAAGACCGGUGGCUGCCAGAAACUUGUCAAAAACAUUGAAUAUCCUGUGGACCUGGAAAUUAGCAAAGAUCUGCUUUCUCCUGGGGUGAGAAGUAAGAUUUUUAAAGGCCAAAGAACCUACAGGCUCUUUGCAGUUGUCUAUCACCAUGGAAAUAGCGCAACUGGUGGUCAUUACACUACAGACGUCUUCCAGAUCGGUCUUAAUGGAUGGCUACGUAUAGACGACCAGACUGUCAAAGUGAUCAACCAGUACCAGGUGGUGAAACAGACUGUGGAGCGUACAGCAUACCUCCUGUAUUACCGCCGUGUAGACCUGCUGUGAUGGCGUCAUGGAAUAACUCACUUCACAUCUCCCUUUUACCCUCUGCUCUUUUUUUGAGUGAACUUGUUUCUUUACUUUUUCUUUUUUUCCCCUCCUCCUUCUCCAGCUUGUUUCUUUCCUUGAAUUUUUAGACUAGUGUAGGCAGAACAAAGUUUCAAGACUUCGAGUAGCUGUAACCCUGGUCUUUGCCAUAGAGGGCCGUGACUGAGCGUUGCUGCCCUCUUGUGGCACUUAAGGGGUUAAGCAUUCCAUGUAACUUGCUACACAACAAAAUAAUCUCAAUGAUUUUAACAUCGAAGAAGAUGUUAAACUAUGUAUAACCCUUAAUGCUGUCAGAAGGCUGUGCAGCACAUUCCCCUUUGCAUUUAGUAGAUUUUGGCUGGCAACUGCUUCUUCUAAAGCAGGAUGUAAAAUGGGUGAUCGAUAGAUGCAUCUUAAACUUUUUUUCUUUUUCCUUUUUUUUUAAAAUUGUGUCUAGGCUUAUAGUGGCUCCUUUAUUCCCUUUUUAGCAGUGUCCACGAGCCUAGCCAAAGAAAUAUUGCACCAGCAUCAAAUCUUGUACAUUUCUGUGGGGAAAAAGUCUUCACUUCGAUCCAAUUUUCACAUCCUUCAUGCCAGCUCUUCCCUCAUCCCUUGCAGUCUCCCUACUAUCAUCUUUUCAGAUCAUUGAAUUAAAAUAAAAAAUAUAAAAAAAUAGAAAUUAUAUUAACAAAACAAAAAAAGGGGGUUUCUUGCAUAAAUCCAUUAAAAGAGGAAAAUACAUUUUACAGAUAAACAAAGGCUUCUUCAAGGUUGCUGGGUGCCUCAUAGGGUUAAUUACAGUACAAAUAAAUGUCCUUUAAUUGUGUGAGGUAUGAGGGCUUGUUUUAGCUGUUUGUGCUGCUGGAUCAAACAAAACUGAUUCAGUGGAAAUUUCUUUCAGUAGCAAAAAACAAAACAAAAAAAACGCAAACAAACCUAAAACCGUUUGCAGGGAGAAUCCGUUUGAAAUUGAAAACGUUAGUCAGUAUAGAUGGGUGAUUGUGACUUUACUGCUAUUGCAUUCAAAUUAAAAUUCUGCUUCUGGGUACACAAGAUCAACGAUUAAAACAGCGGGCUUAACAUUCAAGAUCUGUAUUCCUUUAAGUCUGCUUUGUUUAAUUUUGCUGUCUUGCUCUCCUAUAACGUUGAGUUCCUAAUUGUACACAGUUUAGUGAUAUUUAGGAGUAUAAAGUUGUCGCCCAACAUUAAAAAAAGUCACAAAGUUGGUUUAAAA